AUGAAGCAAGCAACCUCCAUCCUGGCCGCCGCCGGCCUGAUCUCCCUCGCCAACGCCCAUGGCUACAUCACCACCCCCAAGCCCCGUUUGCCUGGCACCGCCAUGUCUUCUGCCUGCGGUGAACAAAUCUACAACAACCAGAAAUCUGACCGCGCCGGUAACGUCCAGGGCGAGCUCCAAAUCGGCGCCGGCCAGGAAGACUACGACGAGGAGGCCUGCCACAUCUGGCUGUGCAAGGGCUACCAGUUCGAUGACAACAAGGAGAACGUCCAGCAAUACAGCGCCGGUCAGACCAUCGACUUCGUCGUCGACAUCAUCGCCCCGCACACCGGUGUCGCCAACGUCUCGGUUGUCGACACCUCGUCGAACUCGGUUAUUGGCGAGCCGCUCAAGAGCUGGGCUAAGAACUACGCUUCGACCGAGACUGGUAUUACCGAGGACGACACCAACUUCAGCGUCACCAUCCCUGAGAACCUUGACAGCAAGUGCUCUGAGGCCGGUGCCUGUGUGCUCCAGUGGUACUGGUUCGCUGAGAGCAUCGACCAGACCUACGAGUCUUGCGUCGACUUUACUGUCGGUGGCAGUGGCAGUGGUAGCGGAUCUAGCGGCAGCGGAAGCAGCAGCAGCAGCUCUUCUGGCUCUGGUGCCUCUACCACCUCAGCUCCCGCUCAGACCCAGUCCGCCGUUAACAAGGAGGUCUCCGACGUCCCUACAACCCUGAGCACCGCUACUCGUCCCGCCGAGACCGCCACCGGAACCGCUCAGGCGACCGCUGUCCCCACGGCCGGUUCCUCGGAUGAGCAGGUGAACUGGCUCUCCAGCAUCUUCAAGGCUGUUACCUCGCGCGAGUAA